GCAGUGGGUGGUGCGCCAACAGUACUGGCCCUAUGCGUCGUCUACUCUCUCACUAAGGUUCCAGGCUCUCUCCAGGUCACCAACAGCUCAACAGCCCAGACAUGCUGAUGUUAGCCGCACUCCUGCUGGUGGCUGCCCAGUCCCUGCAACCCGCACAAGCCUGGGGCGGUCUCUUCAACCGGUUCAGUCCGGAAAUGCUCUCGAACCUGGGCUAUGGGGGUCAUGGAAGUUUCAGAGCACAGCCGUUUUUACAGAGUCCAAGGGAAACGUUUCAAGAGCUGCAAGAGAUCGAGAAGGACCAGGAGACCGACUGCUACGACUUGGAGUGUGUGGCGAAUGAUCAAUGUUGUCCGGGACAAGUUUGCAUCAUACUGGAUAGCAACAUAGGACACUGCGUGUUCGUGUAUGGUCUGCGGAUGGGAGAGUUCUGCCAGAGAGACAAUGAGUGUGAGACCGGCCUGGUCUGCAUGCACACUGGUGACUCGCGCUCCUGCCAACCCGCCAUCUCCAGUCGCAAACAGUACAGUGAAGACUGCAUGAUGAGCAGUGAGUGCGAUAUCCACAAGGGACUUUGUUGCCAGUUCCAGCGCAGGCAUCGGCAGGCACCUCGCAAGGUAUGCUCUUACUUCAAGGACCCUCUGGUAUGUAUCGGCCCUGUGGCCUCGGACCAGGUCAAGAUGGUGGAGAUGGAGCGCACAGCUGGGGAGAAGCGACUGACAGCCAAGAGCGUGGCUAAUGGCUAUAACCACCUCAAGCGCUAGAUCAUCAGUAGUUCAAUAUUUUAAGUGGGCGCAGUGCAGCCACGCCAAUAGUAGCUCUUAGUUGCCAGUUGUAAGUCAACAUAAAGACCAUUCGCUACUAAAUACAUGCGUAUUUUGUGUGUUUUCAGUGGGCGCAGUGCAGCCACUCCAAUAGUAGCUCUUAGUUGCCAGUUGUAAGUCAACGUAAUGGCCGUUCACAUUUUCUAUUUCUGUUCCUCGUCUCCUCCCAAAAAUCUGUAUGGCCUAGUGACUCGAUAGUUUUACAAUCAAUGUGGGAAUUAAUAUUUAGUAUUCUUGAGUGUUUCGUUAACGUUUCGUUUUUUUAAAGUUUCCUUGCCAUUUUGAAUCUUCUCAGUUUGGUAGUAUGUACACGCUAAGCAUUGUUACAAAGCUUUUGCUACCUAAUAUUGUAUCCUAUUGGUACUAAACUAUACUUAGGCUAUUUAAGUUGUGCUUAAAAGAUCCCCAAAAUUUUUACUAAGUAUGAAAAAUAAGCUUUGUAUAAAUGUAAUAUCAAGUAAACAACAUAGAGUAUUGGGAUCUUUGAUUGCGUUCUAUGUGUAUACAGCAUGGAAUACAGCAAGUUAAUAGUGUUGUAAUAUUUAAAAUGGAUAACAAUUCGCCAUAUACAGUAAAGCUUGAGAUAAAAGAAUAUUUUAGGUAUAUGCGUUGUUGAAGUAGUUGUAUUAUUUAUUCGACAGUAAUAUUACUUACAGGUUAUUACUUUUUAUACGAAUUGGUACGUAUUCUCUGUAACUGUAAUGUACAGUGUACAGUGAGGACGCCAACAACAAUUACUAAAGUACCACAACGCACUUCAAAUUAGUCAAUAAUUGCUUUUUAUAGUAAAUUAUCAAAAAUAUUACGUCACCACUAUUUAAAAGUAAUGGGUACAGCUAAACUUCUUUUUUGUUUUCUAUCAUCAAAUUUUAAAAUACAAUUUUGGUCGAAACAUUGCUUUAAACAGUGGUAUAUAUGGUAACAGAUAUGUGAAUUAAAACCAAAGAGUUCACACAGAGAAUUAAAAAAAAAUAGAUUUUGUUUCACAUGUUACGCGUGGUUAUUAUCCAUGUAAAGCAACUGUAUUUGCCAUAGAUCUGGUAAAACAGUACAAACACCCCAUCGGCAACGUACAUCCAUAGGAAUGUAUAUUCAUUAUAGUUUACGUUUUCAUAUUUUUACUAGUUCUAUUCUGUACUACAAUUUUAAAAUAUUUAGCAAUUAUAUAUGUAUUUUUAACAAACAGUAGUUAGUUUAUGUUAAUAUAUAAAGUUUCAACUUAAGGAAAUAAGUUGUAUCGUUUUACGUUAUAAUCUUGCUUUAAAUAACGUCCAUAAGUAAAACUACCGACUAACUAUUGAAAAAGAAAUGUAUCACACAAAAUUCUUAUUAGCAUUUUGAUUAAGUGUUUCUUUUCUGUGAUAUUUUCAAUUUGGUACUUAAAGUAAAUAGGUGUAAGAUAGGCAUUUCUUACUAAAUAUAUGACUCAAACUAUGUACGUUACUUACUAAAACCUUUUAUUUUUAUAAACCCCUACCUUAUUAAAAUCUAAAUGUGAUAUUGUUAUAUACUAUAUACACUUAUUUAAUCCAACUACUGAAGUGUGCAGUUGUGUUGUCUCGCAUAACUCGACUACUCUUUUCCAUAUUAGAGGUAGGUAAAAAAAAGUUGGGUUUGUUUUAUAACAGUACUUUUAUGCAAGGCAACCACAAAGUGUGGAUUAUGUUCGUAAAUGAAGAAGUUUCUUAAGAACGCAUAAGUACACGCAUACAAAUAAGUGAAAUUUGAGCAUUUAUCGUUGUUGAGUUUAAACUGUAUUUUAUAUACAUUACUUUAAAUACCCCGAGCAUUUAUACAUGUUGAGCUAUUGUCGAAAGUGACUGUCAUUCAUGCAGCCCUUUGCAUGUCAGUGUUAUAAUAGUAGUAUAAGAUUAUGUGCAAUGUGCAAUGUCAGCUAUUUAACCGAUGAAGACGGUGAAAACUGUGUAUCGAUGAAUGUCACUCCUAACUCCCAACUGGUUGUUUUCUCUCUUGGGUUACCCCGUGCUCUGCACGCUUACAGCCCCGGCUGAGGCGGACUAACAUACAUAUCAACAGGUGCACCCCAGGACUUCACCGUCCUGCACUAACAUAUCAGACUUUACACUAGACUUAGAUAUAAAUGUUAUAUUUAAAUAUUUUUGAUGCAUUUUCAGGAUCUUAACCUUAUAUCUGUAUUUGUUUCAAUUGUAUUGUAUGAGACGAAAUAAAUGGCCAAAUUAAA